GCUAUUCCCACGCACGUCCUCAGGACCCGGAGGGGGAAGGUCCUGCCGCCGUUUCUUGGGCGACCUCAACGGGGAAGGGAAUAAGGCGUGUUAUAUUAGCUGAGCCAUUGGCAGCCUUUCCCUCUCUUGGUGUAUUGGACGACAUGUCCCAUCAUCCUAAUCCAGCGUGGCUUGAGGGAGGUCAUGCAGCGCACUUGGGAGGGCACCUGGUUGAGAGAGUUUGAAAUAAAAUAUAACCUUUAAGGUUGCUGUCCCUGAUCCUGAUAUUGCAGCCCUAAGGAUCGUAUAAUUGAUAAAAUUCUGGAUUGCGUGAUCAGCAUCAGUUAAAAAAAAAGGGAUCCUAUGUAUGUUUCUUCACGAGGAGAGGCCGUAUUUUGCAGUUGUUGUAUUUCAACAUUUGCAUUCUAUUUCUGCUAGACUCAAGGUUUUUAAUUGAAGGAUGUAAAAAUGCUGCUUUUGUCAUGGAUUAAGGCUGAAGCCUUUUAUAAUUAAAUAGGCAAAGAAAAUGCCCUCACAAAAACCAAUGAGAUAUGGACAUACAGAAGGCCAGACAGAUGUCUGUUUCAAUGAUACUGGAAGUUGUAUUGUAACUUGUGGCAGUGAUGGAGAUGUAAGAAUUUGGGAAAGCCUGGAUGAUGAUGAUCCAAAGUCCAUUAAUGUAGGCGAAAAAGCCUACUCGUUUGCUCUCAAGAAUGGGAGAUUGAUUACUGCAGUAUCUAACAACACUGUCCAAAUCCAUACAUUCCCAGAAGGUCUUCCAGAUGGUAUCUUGACCCGUUUUACCACAAAUGCAAACCAUGUUGUUUUUAGUGCUGAUGGGAGCAAAGUAGCUGUUGGAUCUAGUGAUUUUCUGGUGAAAAUAGUGGAUGUAACUGACAGCAGUCAACAAAAGACAUUUCGAGGACAUGAUGCACCUGUUUUGAGUGUGUCAUUGGAUCCAGCUGAUAUCUUUCUGGCAUCGGCUAGCUGUGAUGGAUCUAUCAGAGUGUGGAAAAUUUCAGAACAGAAUUGUGAGAUAAGCUGGCCGCUGCUGCAAAAAUGUAAUGAUGUGAUAAAUGCAAAAUCCCUAUGUAGACUGGCUUGGCAACCGAAAAUAGGAAAGCUACUAGCCAUUCCAGUAGAAAAAACAAUCAAACUAUAUAGAAGAGAAACAUGGGAUCAUGAACUGGAUCUAUCAGAUAAUUUUAUCACACAGCCCCUAAAUGUUGUGGCCUGGUCUCCAUGUGGACAAUAUUUGGCAGCUGGAAGCAUCGGUGGCUAUAUAGUCAUUUGGAAAGUGGAAACCCAAGAAUGCCUGGAAAGGGUGAAACAUGAAAAAGGUUACACCGUUUGUGGUCUGGCAUGGCAUCCCAAAGGUGGCCAGCUUGCUUAUACAGAUACAGAAGGAAAUCUUGGACUACUUGAGAAUGUCUGUGAUGUAGAAAAGAAGAAAUCAAUCCCUAAGGCACCCAAUUCUUCUAUCAAAAGCUACGAUGAUCUUUUUGAUGAGGAUGACAAAGAGGACUUUCUGAAUAGGGAUUUCAGUGAGGAUGACUGGGGCUCUAAGGCAGCAAGAAAUGAUGAAGAUGAAGAUGACUUUAAGAUGGCGUCGGGACGUCCCAGAAACCGAGGCGCAAUAAUAGAAGAUGAUGAGAACUCUCUAGAUACUGGAUUGCUGAAAGCUAAUUCUGCCCUUGAUAAGGAGCAAGAAGAGGAUGAUUUGGACAAUUUUCCAGUUCAGCCACUGCCAUCUGACCAGAGGCUGCUCUACAGUGGGCCAUUGCCAACUCCUCGGCAAAAGCCAUUCCAAUCUGGUUCUACCCCAACACACCUCACUCACCGCUUCAUGGUAUGGAAUUCUGUGGGUAUUAUUCGCUGCUAUAAUGAUGAACAAGACAAUGCUAUUGAUGUCGAAUUCCAUGAUACCGCAAUACAUCAUGCAAUGCAUUUGCCAAAUAAUUUGAAUCACACAAUGGCAGAUCUUUCCAGUGAAGCUAUUUUAUUGGCCUGUGAGAGCACAGAGGAACUAGCAAGCAAGCUAUAUUGCAUCCAUUUCAACUCCUGGAAUUCUAACAAGGACUGGACUGUUGAUAUGCUGCAGGAUGAAGACAUUGAAGCUGUUUGUUUGGGACAGGGCUGGGCUGCAUGCGCCACCAGUUCUCUUCUGCUUCGUGUCUUCACCAUUGGCGGAGUUCAGAAAGAGAUUUUCAGUUUCCCUGGACCUGUGGUGUCGAUGGCAGGACAUGGAGAGCAGCUGCUGGUGGUCUUUCACAAAGGCACUGGAUUUGAAGGGGAUCAGUGUCUUGGAAUUCAGCUUCUAGAACUUGGGAAAAAGAAAAAACAAAUUUUACAUGGUGAAUCUCUUCCUCUUUCCAGGAAAUCCUAUUUAGCAUGGGUAGGAUUUUCAGCAGAAGGUACUCCUUGUUAUGUGGAUUCUGAGGGUAUUGCACGAAUGCUGAACCGAAAGCAUGGUAAUAUUUGGACCCCAGUCUGUAAUACAAGGGAGCACUGUAAAGGGAAGUCAAACCAUUACUGGAUUGUUGGCGUUCAUGAAAACCCUCAGCAGCUCAGAUGCAUUCUUUGUAAAGGAGCUCGUUUUCCAGCUACGCUUCCCCGUCCUGCGGUAUCAGUGCUGCCAUUUAAGCUCCCUUUUUGUCAAACUACAACAGAUAAGGGUCAAAUGGAGGAGCAAUUCUGGCGCUCAGUCUUGUUCCACAAUUAUUUAGACUAUUUAUCUCAAAAUGGAUAUGAAUAUGAUGAAAGUGUGAAAGGCCAGGCAAUCCAAGAGCAGCAGAAUCUCCUGAUGAAAAUGUUUGCAUUAUCUUGCACACUGGAACGUGAAUUUCGCUGUAUGGAGCUUGCUGAACUCAUGACACAAAAUGCCACGACCUUAGCUAUCAAAUAUGCUUCUCGCUCGCGGAAGCUAAUUCUUGCCCAGAAACUCAGUGAACUUGCCGCUGAGAAGGUCUCAGAGCUGGCUUCUGCUGAAGAGUAUGCUGAGCAAGAAGAGGAAGAAGAGAAGCAACAGCCGGAUUUUAGAAACCACCUAAAUGCUGGGUACAGUAACAGCCCCACAGAAUGGAGUUGUGCUCAAGAAAGAAACAUUCAAUGCCAGCAAAAUAUGGAGACCCACGAAGAGGAUGAGGAGAAAGUGAAUGCCCUUCAUGAGGCAAAAUCUAGCUCUCCCACGCUGCAUGGAAAUACAUCUGCUUCAAAGUCUGCUGUCACUGCAUCUAACAACUCAAUACGAGUAAAUCCUUUUAAGGUAUCCAGUAGCCAAAAAGAGGCAUUUGUUCACUCGCCCAAUAUUCUGGAUAACCUGACAAGGCUGCCUAAGAAAAAUCCCACAAUGAAUGGUCAAGGAGUUCCAAACAAGAAUAGUCCAAUCAUCAAACCGUUGAUGCCCAAGCCCAAGUCAAAGCAGCCUGCAGCAACUGCAUUUUUCCAACCCCGAGCACUUACUACUGAAAAGAAAGUCAGAGAAAAUAGAGAGGACAAAAAUGACACUGUACAAUCUGAACUUCAAACUGUGACUGAGAACAAAGAUAAUAAAAGGCCAAAGACUGGGUUCCAGAUGUGGCUAGAAGAGAACAGAAGCAGUAUUUUAUCAGAUAAUCCUCAUUUUGAAGAAACAGAAAUAAUAAAAGAAGGCAUGGUUCGAUACAGAGGUUUAUCUGCUGAGGAAAGGAUGGUUUGGACGGAGAAAGCCAAAGGUAGAGAAACCAGUGAUCCAUCUGAAGGGAAAAAGCGAAAGCGCCCAGAGGAUGUUAACAAUAAAGAGCAAGAAGGCCAAGAACAAAACUCGGAAGAGGAUGUGGGCUCUGUUAAAAAAUCCAAAGGAUUCAACCAGUCUACCUUUGCAAAACUCUCAACAUUUGCAUAUAAGCGGAGUUAAAAGAAAUAUUUUACUUGUCGAUAUUAGCCUGUAGUAUUUAAAACUGUCCCAACAGAUGGAUGAAGACUGUUCCCCUAAGGAAAUGUGCUUCUGUUUUGAACAUUCAAGAAAAGGAAGUUUGUGGAAUCAUGGCUAUGAAGAUAUGCAGAAUACAUGGAUUUAGGAAUGGAGGUUCAUAUUCUGGAGCAAGGUGACCUAUUCUGAAGCUCUGUGAAACCUUCUGUUCCUGUGCAAGCACAUCCUUGAUGGCUGUAUGGCUGAAGUUAUAGCUUAUCUAGGUUGUGUUGGAUAGUUAGUAAUCUAAUUAGCCUUUAUAGAUCUGAAGGUGUUACCGUUGUGACUGUAGAAUGGGUUCCAACUGAUGUAUGUUUGUGACCUAAAGCCAGGUAUUCUCUAAAUUGCUCCUUCAGAUACCACGUGUGGGUAGUGCUUUAUAGGACACUAAAGCAAGAGAGGGCAGAAUGGAGCACGUGGAGGAGGAGACAUGUGACUCAGGAGAUGAACUGUGUGCUAACUUGAUACCAAGUUCCAGUUUGUUUUCUCCAUUUCCUCCAGGCCCAGCAUAUAACAAGGAUUGUUAUUUUAUCUGCCUCGUCAGCUGAACGUAAUAAUGGAGCCAGCUCAUUAUUUCCUUGCCAUUCAAGUUAAACCCUCCAAUGGUUUGUGUCAUUCAACUUCCAUUCUAAAAAAAUCCAUAAAGAAUGGAUUUUAGUUACCUUGAUUCAGACUCCCACCAGACUGAUAUCUGCCAUAUAAGUCAUAUUCCACUCCCAGGUAGCAUUGUAUUCUAGAAGUUAAAUCAAAGCCCAAUUUAUGGGAGGAUCCUAGCCCCUGGCAUUAAACGGUGUCCUUUAGUUCUGUGUAGUAAACUGAAAAAUCCCAGGCUCAGACUAUUGUGCCAUUGUUCUCCACAUCUUAUAAUGUUUUAUUUUUAUGUUACUGGUGAUUUUAAAUAAAGCAAGAACCUUUUUUA